AAGCUUAGUCACAGAGCAUGUUCAAAAUACGUAUAAAUAGAACGGCUCCACCGGCCGGAGACCACAUUGUUAAUAUACAAGUACGAGUAUACAACAUGAACAUUUUAGCGUGUGUAGGGCUGCUGAUAUGUGUCUGCACAGCAUACGCGUCAGGACUACCUAGUCCAGCACAUGAAUCAAGCUCUUCACUUAAAGUCGCGCCGGAGACCCCUGGUGAAGUUCUAGCUCCAGAAGAGUCUCGGGGCUAUGGCUAUGGAGGCGGCUGGGGCGGUGGUCGCGGCUGGGGAGGCGGCUGGGGUGGUGGUCGCGGCUGGGGUGGUGGCUAUGGUGGUGGUCGCGGCUGGGGAGGCGGCUGGGGCGGUGGUCGCGGCUAUGGUUGGGGACGUUAAAGAAUACUUAUAAUUGUGCAAUAUUCUAUUAUUUUCUCUGUGAUUUUAAUUUCAAAUAAAAUUAUACUAUAGUA